AUGCCUUCUGUCACCUUUAUGGACGCUGCUUCCACGAACACCCUUUCCAUUCACAGUCGACCCGAGAAGGAUCAGAAGCCCAGCAUUACCCAAACUUACUUCCUCGCCUACACUGCCCGCACCAAGCUCUCUCGCCAGGCUGCCCAACCUGAUCCCGACCUCCGACUAUUGAUCGGACACGCCAACAUGCUCGAUUCUUUGAUAUUCGACCUCGAAAACGCUGAGCAAGAGCAAGAGCGGUGGCUCAAUAAUAUUCUCAACGGUUCUUCAUUGGAGGGGAAAGAGGUAAAGUAUGAAGAGAUGAUCUUGGUCUUAAAAAAGGACGAGAAGGAAAUUGAGAAUAAGGCUAAAAUCACUACUUCACAAGUCGACCAUAGUAUCCAGGAUAAUGAAGAGAACUAUACCCUUACCCGCACAGUAUAA